GCACCAGACGACCAUUUCAAAUGACGCCCUACAGGACAGCACGUGUUCCCGCGAGGGUUUCUUUCAUUGUCGUCAUCUGUGCUGUUUUAACCAACACCGCUUUUGGAUAUAGCGGUGGCGCCCCUGGUACUGCAUGCAACUCUAUGCUCCCCAACCACCAUGGCUCCACACCAGCGUCAGGCCCUGCUCCCUUCCAGCUGAUUUUAAGUAAAUCAACGUACUCGCCUGGGGAAGUGAUCGAAGGAUCACUCUCUGGCACACAGGGUUCCACGUUCAAGGGGUUUCUCAUCUCUGCCAGAACAUCUACAGGCAGUGACAGUAUAGGGACAUUUAGUCAUGACGCCACAAACCAUAUUAUUUGCAAUAGUACAACUGGUAAUGCAUUAACACACAGCAAUACUGAUGUCAAAUCCUCAGUCAAGUUUAACUGGACGGCGCCUUCAACUUUGUAUGGCGAUUUGGUUUUUAAGGCUACAGUAGUGAGGGAUGGCAUGAAAGAUUACUUCACAAAUGUCGUCUCAGCUCCCAUCAAACCAGCAGUACCCCAGGUUGGGAAAUUUUUUCGUGAUUCUGACUGUGGUAUUUCAAAAGGUUGCUAUAGCAACUGUGCAAACAAUGAAUGUGAUUGGGAGAUGUCUUGGAAUGAUACAGGAGACAACUACACCAUCACACUCAAGGCUUUUUUCACCUCAGAUAAUAAAUAUGUGUCUCUAGGCUUCAGCAAUACUUCUAAUAUGGCCCCAGCUUCAGUAUUUUCCUGUGUGACUUUCAAUGGGACAACCAGUGUAGAAGUUGGCUACACAACAGGAAGACAUGGGUACACUCCUUUUGCAGAUCCCUCUCAAGAGAUAGAUGGCCUUGUAUCAUCCUACAAAGAUGGAGUACUACAGUGCACAUUCAGCAGACAGAAGUUGAGUACUGACCUGCACCUCUUCAACCUUACAGAGCCCUGGUAUCUUAUCACUGCUAUAGGAGAUGCUGCACCUAAUAUAAAAAGACAUUCCAUCACAAAUCGCUACAAAACUGCCACCAAAAUUGACUUGGCAUCAAGGACGGUAGAUGAGUUCUUCCCAGGAACAACUUCACCCCCUCAGACAACCACUGCUUCAACAGUGGCAACGACAACACCAAAAGUGGGUGGAAAAUUUGCUAAUGAUCCUGAGUGUGGUGUGUCCAAAGGUUGCUAUAGCAACUGUGCAAACAAUGAAUGUGAUUGGGAAAUGUCUUGGAAAGAUACAGGAGACAACUACACCAUCACACUCAAGGCUUUUUUCACCUCAGAUAAUAAAUAUGUAUCUCUUGGCUUCAGCAAUUUAUCCAUGAUGGCCCCAGCUUCAGUGUUUUCCUGUCUGACUUUCAAUGGAACAACCAGUGUAGAAGUUGGCUACACAACAGUAAGACAUGGGUACCAGUCAAUGCCCAAGCCAUCUCAAGAGAUAGGUGACCUUGCAUCAUCCUACAAAGAUGGAGUGCUACAGUGCACAUUCAGCAGACAGAAGUUGAGUACUGACCUGCACCUCUUCAACCUUACAGAGCCCUGGUAUCUUAUCACAGCUAUAGGAGAUGCUAGACCUGAGCUUGUUAGACAUACAAAUCGCUACAAAACUGAUGUGCGGGUUGAGCUCACAAAUAAGACAUCCAUACAACUCAACCCUAUCACCACAACUUUAGCCCCUCAAACCACAAGCUCAGGACCAGUGAUUGCUGGCUUUACAAAAGACCCAGAGUGUGGCCAAUCAAAAGGCUGCUGGAGUGACUGUAGGGGUUCACAGUGUAGCUGGGAGCUGUCCUGGAAGGAUGCAGGCAGCAGUUACAGGAUCACAAUCAGAGCUGUUGUUUCUAAUGGGGACCAGUGGCUGGCACUGGGUUUCAACAAUCAGCCAGGCAUGACUGUUGAGGGUAUCAGUGAUCAGAACAAGACACUUGUGGGAGGUCUCCUCUCUUGUACCUUCCUGCGAGUGAAAGAAAGUAGCAACCCACAGAUUUAUAACCUUACUCAGCCUUGGUACCUCAUCACUGCUAAAGGCCCUUUAAAUGCAGAUGGAACACUGCAUAUACAUUCAAAGCGCUACAAAACAGCGGACAAAAUCAACCUGGCCAAUGCAUUGACAGAUUUGUCAUUUGAUGGAUCGGUCAACACACAACCAACUACAACCAUCCCGCCCACACCAGAAAAUACUUUCAACAAAGACAACCAGUGUGGAAAAACAAAAGGUUGCUAUAGCAACUGUGCUGUAAACAAAUGCAGCUGGGAAAUGUCAUGGCAGGAGGAGGGAGAUGACUACAGAAUAGUUCUCAAAUCUUAUUUCUCUGGGGACAACAAAUAUGUGGCCCUUGGCUUCAAUGAACAGCCAGCCAUGGGUGAUGCAAGUGUUGUGUCAUGUGUGACACAUAAUGGUGCUGUGACUGCAGUUAAAUCCCACACUGUUGGAUACAGCAAUAUCCCACUACAAAAUCCUACUGAGGGUGUAUCCAAUCCACAAAACUCUUUUCAAGAUGGCAUUUUACAGUGUUCUUUCCUCCUGAGAAAGGAGAGCAGCAAUGAAAAAUUUCAAAACCUGACAGGAGAGUUUUAUCUGAUCACAGCUAGAGGAGACACAAAUGCUGAUGGGUCUCUAAAAAAACAUGACAACUCCAACCGCUACAAGACAUCAGACAAGGUCAACUUGACCAGCACAAGUACUGACGUCACAUUUGGUGGUGUGGUGGCUCCAACCACACCAUCCCCACCUGCAGGAAAGUUUAGAAAGGACCCAGACUGCGGUAGCAAGAAAGGUUGCUAUAGCAACUGUAAAAAUGAUGAAUGCGACCUGCUUCUUGGCUGGGCCCCUUUAAGCCGUGGGUCUGAGACAGCUUCUAGAUCUAAAGUGGCCAGUACUAACAUGUUUGAGAUCACUCUCAAGUCUAAAGUGGCCAGCACUGGCAACCAUUACAUCGCCAUUGGUUUCAGUAAUGCUGCUAAAAUGGAUGUAGCCAGUGUCCUCGCUUGUACAGUCUACAAUGGUAAUGUUGAUGCCUACCAGUCAACUAACCCAGGUCAAUACAACCUGCCUUUACCAAAUCCUAAAGAAGGAAUCACUGUCACCAAAGCCUCGUUUGUUGAUGGAUUGCUGGAGUGUAUUGUGCACAGGGAAGCUUCAUCUGCCAACAACUCAAAGAUCUUUGACCUCAACCAACCUUGGCAUCUCAUCUCUGCUAGGGGUGCGGCAUCUCCAGGUGGGCAUCUUAACCCGCAUGAUGGUAUAAACAGGUACCUGACCCAGUCACAGAUAGACUUUAAAGAUACCAGUGUUGAUAUAUCACUAGAAGACACAGAGUACCCACUUAUUCAAGCCCACGGGUGCUUAAUGGUGAUUGCCUGGAUGUUGUCUGCAAGUAUUGGUAUUGGCUUUGCCAGAUUUCUCAAGCCUCUGUGGCCAGAUAGUAUGCCCUGUGGUGUCAAAGUGUGGUUUGCUAUCCACAGAGCUGCUAUGGUACUGACAUUCCUCUUGGGCUGUGCUGGUUUUGUCCUAAUUUUUGUUGAAGUUAAAGACUACAGUCAGAUUAUAGGAGAAGAUUAUAAAAAGGCACAUCCCAUUCUUGGAAUUAUCACAACAAGCCUCUUAGUCAUAAACCCCUUCAUGUCACUGUUACGUUGUGCACCAAACCAUCCCAGAAGGCCAGUUUUUAAUUAUGCCCAUUGGUUUGUGGGGAUGUCCGCCCACAUCUUAGCAGCUGUAACAAUCACAGUGGGGCUGUACCUGCCCAAAGCCCAGGUAGACAGCACACUUGGCCUCUACAUUAUGAUAGCCUAUGCCGCCUGGCAUGUUGUCUUCUUUCUCAUCAUGUCACUUAUAGAUUACCUGGCCAAUGCUGCAAAAAGUAAGGUCUAUAAAAGUGAUUUGCCCGGAAUAACCGGAAUCACCAAGAAAUCCCAUAAAAAAGGAAAUGAAUACAAGCUGAACUCAUUGGACAAUGCAGAUGAUCUGGCAGACUCAGUGGCACAAAGUUCAAGCAAAGAUCCACCAUACUCAUUCGCCAAGAAAAUAUUAAUGUUGUUUCAUGUGGCUGUUCUGUGUGGGCUGACCAUUGCCAUCCUGUAUCUUAUCAUCAAGAGAGACAUUGAAAAGGACUAGACCUCACUACAAAUACAUCUCAUGUAGGAGUAUGAGAAUCACCUUGAAGCUCAACAUUUUAAACAAUUAUUUGACUGCUGAAAUACUAACCCAUGCCAUCAUCAUCUUCUAUCCCUGAUGCUUUAAUGGAGCUGUUGGUGUUUCCAUGGUGAUGUUGGUGUUUUCAUGGUGAUGUUGGUGUUUCCAUGGUGAUGUUGGUGUUUCCAUGGUGAUGUUGGUGUUUCCAUGGUGAUGUUGGUGUUUCCAUGGUGAUGUUGGUGUUUCCAUGGUGAUGUUGGUGUUUCCAUGGUGAUGUUGGUGUUUCCAUG